CCCGUUUGAUGACGAGCAUUAACGACGCAUCGAGGCUGACGUUCAUUUAUUGUUAGUUUAUGUACUUGAAUUCCUCAUAAUUUGUAUUUUCAAGUCCUGAAAAUGCCGUCUUCCGAACUCUCAGUCGAUGGCCAAGAAAUAGCCCCAGAAUUACUACAACACAGCCUAAAGAUCGCCCUACCACGCAGCUCAGCCUUACCAACAGAGGCAUGGUAUAAUAUGCACCGUAAGCAGUAAAUACGACCACAUCAUCCUUUCAUUUUCGAAACCUUACAGGGAUUAUUGUUCGGACUUUUUCGAUACCUCAGUUUUUGAUCAUUCGUUUUGGCCCCCGCUGAGUUCACAGGUUACGAGUCAUAGCGUGAAGGCUUCCAUCUCAGCCUGAUUUCUGAAACACCAACCGUCUUUUAUAUUUACCUCUCAUCUCCGCCAUAACCUCUUCCAUUCUAGUCUCUUUUUCUUUGUAGAGAUCGUCUGCAGGACCGUCAAGGCAUCAUGGCGGUCCGCAAAGACAAAGACACGGCGGAAGCACAGUUUGCUCAAAUCCUCGACGAUGCUAGCAAGCUGUACUCCGACUCCAAUGACAAACUCGGCGAUUUUCUCAACCCACCUAUAAACAACGUCACAGACCUGAUCAAACAAGUCGACAAGCAGAAUGAUCAGUUUACUAAAUUCCGCGAGAAGCGGCAGUCGAUCUUUAGCGCCAUGGCUGCUUGCCUUACUCCCGUUGAAGUCAUCGGUGAGAUCGUGAGUGGCGCUGCGGCAGACUCGUUUGCGCCUGCGGAGGGAAUCUUUGGCGCUGUUGCGUAUCUCAUUGGGGCUGCGAGGGAUGUUUCUUCGGCGUACGAUACCAUCGUAGAGUUGUUUGAGCAUUUGAAGGACUUUACAUCACGACUGGACGUGUAUGUGCAGUACAAAAUGGGCACUGCGCUACGCAACAAGGUCGUCACUAUUCUCGCCCAACUAUUUGAAGUGUUUGUCUUGGCCGCCAAGGAGGUUCGUCGCGGUCGCUUUAAGGCAUACUUCCGUACAGUGUUCGGCAAAGGGACGCCCGUGCAGGAAGCCCUCGAUAAGCUGAAGGCCCUCAACAUUGGUGAAGAGAGACAGGUUCUUGCUGAUACCUAUGGGGGUGUGAACAAGCUCAAUCUCACAACGGAGAAUAUGCAGAGCAAGCUUGAGGAGAUGAACCAGACUAUGAUGCAGAUGAGGUCUGAAGGCCGUGAGCGUACUGUCGCGGCACAUCAGGAUAAACUCAAGGAGAUUCUGGACCCUUCGCCAUUUCCUGAAGACUUCUUUGCUAUGUUUAACAAGUCACGCGCGGAAUCGACUGGAGAUUGGAUCCUUACGGAUGGAGGGUUUAAGGCAUGGCUUGAUCGGAAGACAAACUUCCUCUGGAUUACGGGUGCAGCAGGAACUGGCAAGUCGUAUCUGACCACUAGACUCGUGUCUUGGGGCACAGAGCAUAUCCCGCGUCUUGCGUACUUCUACUUCAGAGACAACAAUCCCGAGACUCGUUCAGUCCUCCAAGCUCUCCGCGAUCUCGCAUACCAACUAAGCGAGAGCGAUCCCUUUUACGCUAAACAGCUUCUCAAGAGUCUUCGCAGCAUCGAUGAGAUCCGCACUAUCCCCAGUGCUUAUCGAAAACUCUUCGUACAACCGUUCCAGCAAGACGAGCAGCAGAAGGCAAUUUACAUCUUUCUCGACGGUAUCGAUGAGGCUGAUUCUUCUGAAGUCGAGGAACUACUCCAGCAAAUGGGUUCAGAUGAUGAGUCUGACAAGAGACCGAAGCAUGUCACGCUCCAAGUUGCUCUCAUUGGAAGGACGUAUAUGACCGAGGCUGUUACGUAUACCCUUGAUCCUGGAAACCGGGGAACUCAAGUCAUCACAACACUUCACGUCACACCUGAUCGUAACGCCGAAGAUGUCAAGUUGUACAUUGAGAACAGCGUUUGGCACCUUCGUAACCUGAGCCGCACACCUCCAGACUUUCGACAAAAGAUCAUUGACGCCAUGAUCAAGCAAGCCGAUGGUCUCUUUAUUCUCGCAAAGUUCAUGCUGGAGGAUAUUAGUCGUAAGCGACAUCCACAGAGUAUCCUCACAAGUCUGCAGUCUUAUCCCAAGGAGAUCAACGGUAUUAUUGGACAAACACUCAAGAACCUUUCAGAAACGUUAUACGAAGACCAAACGAGGGAUCUGAAUGAGAUGCUUCAAUGGGUUGCAUGCGCAGAAGAAGUUCUAUCGCUCGAGCAAUUGGAAGCAGUCCUCAUCAUGCGCUUCGGUGAUCCUCCUUUCCAUCUCGAAGAAACCCUCCGCGGUCAAUACGCGUGUUUCUUCGAACUCGAACGCGAAGACGGUUUAACAACUGAUGAUCUUAUUCGAGAGCAUGAGAAACAACAGCGCAUUAAGAACGGUGAUCUUGGCUCUGGAAGACGUUCAAGUUCAGCAAGUCGUCCAGGAUCCGGUCGAAGCGGAAGUCCCAAGAGCCCAACAGUCUUCGGCCGAAGUCCCGACCUGGGUCGAAACUUGUCUCCUCUGCGUCGUACGAGCCCGAUUCAGGCUUUGGGACCUGGACGAGGAAGUCCUGGCCGCGGUGUGAGCCCAGCUGCCAAUUCUGAUCUUUUUGAUCCGAUGAGCGAGAUGGACUUUCGAUCGAGCAAGACAAAUACGUGGAUUACUUUCUUCCACUCUUCCGUCAAGGAGUUCUUCAGCACUCAGAAUUCUGCGAAGCUUGGGGCUGGGAUUGGCUUCGAUCCUCUUAUUUCGCGAAUUCACAUCCUCAGGACUUGUCUGUCAAUUUUUACCAACAAAGCUGCGUUUGAGAAAUAUCGUCUCAGCGCUAGUGGUCGAGAAUCUAUGAAGCAGUAUGCUGCGUGGUACUGGCAGGAGCAUUUAGCCGUUCUCGAUCCCAAGACGGUACCUGCACCUGAGAAGAAAGAACUUGGAGAGUAUGUGCACAAGAUGCUCACUGACGAGAACACCAUUCUCGACUGGACACUCAUGUAUGAGAAGAACGAUGAGGGUCUUGACGUCCUUACAGACGCCAACAUGAAAGGUCUCAAACGAUGGAUGGGCGAUCCCGACGUCCAAUCCUCUCUUAGCCCCGAAGCUCGAGAAUGGGCCAGCAAAGGUGUCAAAGAAUCCCCCGGCAUCUUCAAGCCCAUCGGCGACCUCUACGCUCGGGCUUGGUUAUCCGAAGACUUCAAGAAAUACGUCCCCACCCUCUUCUGCUUCAAGAUCGUCCAGUCCAUCGCAUUCAUGCAAGAAGGUUACUCCUGGUCCGAUUGUAAUACCCACUGGACCGAGAUCCCCGUCGAGAACCGAAUCGUCAAAGCAGCAGAAUGGGCAAAGAUCCCAGAGAGUGCACACUGGCAUCGUCGAUUCGGAAGCACAUACCUUACGAAUGAUAUGCACAAUAAGGCGCUGGGACACUAUGACAAGGCUCUUGCUCUUGACAAUAACAGUGUUGAGACGCGUGGUCGUAUCGCAUAUUGUCUUUCGCGUGACGGUCGCUUCAAAGAGGCUCUGGAACAAACUCUCAAGUGCGAAGCAAUUGAAGAGGAGAGUAUCGCCAGUGGCAAACUUGACGAGCAGGCUUUGAAGAGCUGUAAAUGGCGUCUGUACAAGGAUCACAUCCUCAUCGCCAAUUGCUACGAAGAACUCCACAAAGUCGACCAAGCACUCGAGUACUUCCUCAAGUCGAUGAAGAGCGCUAAAGACGUCGGCCUCGAUCGCAAAGAAUGCAAGGAAUAUUUCGAGCCUGAACUCGGAUACCUCGAGCUCGUGGCCACUGAGAACCGUCAUGAAGCCGUCAUUCAGUUCCUCAAACAACUCUCAGAACAAGUCACUGACGCAGAACACAAGCGCACAAGACUCGUUGAUUUUCUGCUUGAAUUCCAUAAUAAGCCUCUUGUUAUAGACUGGAUCCCCAAAGCGGCUAGCAAAGUCGGUGAAACAGACUUCAUAUACGAGUGUCUGCUCUUCACGAUUGAGGUCGCAACCGCGACUCGCGACCCCCUCAAGGCGCUGUAUCUUCGUCUCGCACUUGGCGCAACAUACACGUAUAGUCGUGAUAUAGAUGCUGCGCUGGAUUUGUUCGAGGGUAUAACACAACUUGGAUAUCGCCCUCGCGGGAACGUCCCUACGCGACAGGCUUAUGCUCUUGCAUUCCAGAAACUUGCUUCCCUGUACAAAGAACGUAUUCUUCAUGCUGGAUUGAAGACGCCCGAGGCGGACAGCUGGCUUGAAGAUCUAGAGAAGAUCAAACAGAAGCAGAGUCGACACCAGAACCACGAUAUGCCCAUUGAGAUGGUUGGUUCAGACGUCAACAUCGCAGCCAUCUACAUGAUCCUCUUCAAUCGUCUUCUGGGUCGAAGUUCUUCAACAGACCGCGAUCUUCGGCAACUCAUUAACGACAGUCUUGACAUCCUCUCUGACGAUGAUGUCCAAAACGACGAAUAUGCCCUUGAUAACCUCCUCGGCCUCUUCAUCGCCGCCGACGACAUCGAAAACGCUCUGGCCCUCAGCCAAUCCAUGCGCAAAGUCGAUCCCAAGAUCUUGACCUCUACUCCAGAAGACUCACCCGUUCUUUCGCGCAUCGAGCCCAAACUCCCAGAGAUUCAAACAAUGCGUCAGAACUGCGCUCAAUGUCUAGAUCUAAUCCCUCCUUCGGAUGAGUACUACAUCUGUGAGUACUGCAUGGAGACGUAUGAUGCAAAGUGUAUGGCUGUUAUCAAGGGCGAGGGGAAUAAGACGAGCGAUCAUAGAGAUGAUUUGAUCUGUAGGAGCGAUCAUCAGUGGUUUACUGUGCCCCCGUUGGGAAGAGUGUUGCAUAGGGGAGAGAUAUUGUUGGUUAAUGGGAAGGUGGCGAGUUUCAAUGAGUGGAAGGCUGGGUUGGAGCAGAAAUGGGGGAGGAAGAAGUAGAUGGAAUGGAUAUGAGUACCUAGGUAUGAGAAAUGAAGCAUCAGUGGAGUUGGUCAGCAUUUAGAUGAAGUGUUACUGCAAUGGUUUAGUUAUCAUACAAAAAUACAUAAGCUUCUAUUCGCAAC